AUGCUCCCCGCCGCUAGCCAGCCCGUCUUUGCCCGUCGCCUGCCAAGCGAUGCGGAGGUCAAGGCCCUGGAGCAGCGGCUGAACUACAACUUCAACAAUACAUGGGGUCUGAAACUGGCUCUGGUGCACCCGUCCUAUGGCGAGCUGAACAAUGCCAGGCUGACCUGGCUGGGCGAUGCUGUGCUGGGUGCGGCUGUGUCUGACCUCCUGUACCAAGCCCUGCCUGAUGCCACCAUUGCUGGCCUGCACGACCACCGCAUGGCCAUCGUGCGGCGCAAGGCCUGCGCGGCAGCUGCCAGGAAGCUGGGCCUAGACCGGCUGCUGGUGGUGGGCAAGGGGUACGAGGGCGCUGAGCCGACCAUGGCCAUGCUCGCAGGCGAGCGCUGCCGCCGCCAUUGCUUUGAGGCGGUGUGGGGUGCCAUCUACGAGGAUGCCGGCUUCCAGCUGGGGCCCAUGAAGAAGGUGUAUGCAGCGCUGUUCCCAUUGGGGCUGUUGCCACCGGCGCAGCUGGCCUGA